CGUGCAAUCAGAUGAAAACUGAUAAGAUUUUUAUCACUUGGGAAAGAAUGCGAAAAUGAAAUUGGAAAUGACGAAGUACGAGUUUAGUUCACUUAAUUAUUCAUUUCGAUGGCGAAAUUUCCCUCAUUGAUGAACUUUUUAUGAUGAGCAUUCACCGUUAUGACGGCCACAUCUCGAACUCCGGCUUCAGUUUUACAAGAAUUCUGCGUACAUCGCAAGAUUACGCCUGUUUACGAAAUAGACGAUGACAAUUCACCUACUCAUUUGAAAAAAUUCAUAUGUCAAGUUACCUGCGACACUUAUACUGCCAUAGGAGAAGGUCGAUCAAAAAAAGAGGCCAAACACGCAGCAGCGGAGAAGAUGUUGAAGAUAAUUCGACCUACCGAUGAACCUCUACAAAGCCCCAAUACUGCCACCGUACCGUCUCCUUAUGAAGGCAAAGUGAAAGAAGAUUCUGUCGGACCUUUGACAGAUUUUUGUACCGAAUUAGGCAUCAAAGCUCCCGAAUAUGUACAUACUCGAGCCGAAGGUCCUCCUCAUGCAACCAUGUUCACGUUUCGGUGCACCGUUGGGUCAUUUCAUACCGAAGCCAUUGAGAGAACUAAGCAGCAAGCGAAACAGCUCGCAGCGAUGUAUAUGUUGAAUAGGCUGAAAAAAAUGGUCGAUCCUCGAAUUAAGCUUCAAUUACCAGAAGUUUCGUUCAUUGAUCCGUCCCAAGAGCCGAAUUAUCGAAAAGCCAGUACUAUGUUAACGAACGGUAAUUUCUCCGAAUUUAAGAAAAUUCUCGUCGGUAAUUUAACUCAUCCGUUGAGUUCGGAUUUUAUGCAGUUCAGAAAAUUAUUCCGUGAAAAUUUCGAGUUCUUUGAAGAAAUUAAAACCAUGGUCUGCGAUUACAACGACGAAAAUGCGCUCGAAAUUUUAGUCUCGAUUCUGGAAAAAGCAGAUUAUAAGUAUGCUUUAAUUCCAGUCGAAUCUGCUUGCGACAUGUGUUCUGUAAUUUUAAACAUCGAUUGUAAUCCUAAUCUCAACGUUUUGGAGACUGGAUCGUGUUACGUGGAAGCCUGCAAUAGAGUAGCUGCGAAAACCUUGAAUCAUAUGAAGAUAUUAAGUUUUUCCAAACAUCAUUGCGUUGAAAUUGAAGAUCCUAAGGAAGAAACUAUUGUUUCCGAAGAGCAAUGCGUUGAAAAUGGAGAACCUCGAGAAGAAACUAUUGUUUCCAAAGAGCAAUGCGUUGAGAAUGAAGAACCUGAAGAAGAAACUAUUGAUUUUGAAACUUUGAUUAAUGUUAAGAAGAAAUCUUGUUGAUUAUUUCAUAUCCAUUACAUUACGUAUUUUCAUA